GUGUGAAUUAUACUCUCUCCAUCCUCGCUUUCUUUUGCAUUUAUUUUCUACACCGAAACUCGACAACGCAACCAUCCAAACACGCCUCCUUAGUUGGGAAAUUUCUACCACUAAAAUAUGCGAUACAAAACAAAAUGUCUGUAGAUCAAUGUUCCACUGUGCGAGAAUGUCACUAGAAGUUCCGGAUCGGAAGAGGGUGAUGGAUGCGUUGAAUGUGAAAAAUGUAUUUUAGUUUUAAGAAAAACCUAAUUAUUGCCUAAAACAUGAAGAAAAUGAAAUUAAAAGAAAAUGAUAAUUAAUUUCUUAAGAGAAGGGACACGUCCUCGAAAGCCACGUCAUCUGUAACACCGAAUUUCUUUCAGUCUGGUAGGUAAUGAGACUUUUCAAUUAUCCGGUGAAGGGAAGGGAAGAAAAGAGGAAUGUGAAGAGCGACGAAGAUGGUGGAAGAAAAAGAAUCAACAUCAAUUCCUCUCAGUCAAGGGGAUAAUGCAUCUCGCGAUGAUCCCGAAGACCCAGCCAAGUCUCCACCAAGCUCCCCCAACUCCUCCACUCGCAGGGCUUGCUGCUUUGUUCUCCAGAGUUGGGUCUCAAAGAAAUUUAUGACUGGAUGUGUAGUUCUUUUUCCAGUUGCUGUUACCUUCUUUGUUACAUGGUGGUUUAUUCAGUUUGUUGAUGGUUUUUUUAGUCCAUUAUACUCCAGGCUUGGCAUUAAUAUAUUUGGACUUGGUUUCAUUACAUCAUUAGCUUUUGUAUUUCUUAUUGGUGUUUUUGUUUCAUCAUGGAUGGGAGCUACUGUUUUCUGGAUUGGAGAAUGGUUCAUAAAGCGAAUGCCCCUUGUUAGGCAUAUAUACUCUGCAUCCAAGCAGAUUAGCGCUGCAAUAUCUCCAGAUCAAAAUACCACUGCCUUUAAAGAGGUAGCCAUUAUCCGUCAUCCACGUGUUGGUGAAUAUGCCUUUGGCUUUAUUACAUCAACUGUUACUCUACAGAUAAACACACAACACCACAUGCAUUUAUAUGAGUCUUCUGAGAUUUGAAGCAGCAACUUAAGCCUAACAAGUUUUGCUUCGAGUUUAUUUAGUCCCUGGUUAGUAAUGCUUU